AUUGUAUCAUUGGACAAAAAAAAGAGGAUAUAAGUAGAGUCAAUUGUUAUGUGUUUGUGUAAGUCACUUAAAGUUGUUGAAUUUCCGUCCUGCUUAAUAUAAAAUUAAGGGGAAAAAAUAAACCGAAAUAUUUCUGUCGUGUUCUUUCACUGCUGUUAAACUAUUUUAGUCACAGGUAACUCUGAGUAUACGGCAUAUUAAAUUGUUCAAAGAAGCUGGAAAUGGAUGAAUAUCAGACAAUGAUCACACAUCCAGUUUAUUAUGGUAUUAUAAUCACUGUUCUCACAAGCCAAGCUUUUGCUUACAAUAUCUGUAACAACACUUUCACUAACGGGAUAGGAAUACAGUGUUAUCCUUGUGAACCUGGUUACACAACAAUAGAAGACUGUCCUGGGAAUUUUACUCGUGCUAAAUGUGAGGAGUGCCAGGAUGGGACAUAUCAACCAGAAUGUGUUACCUUCAACGAAACUGUUAGUUGUAGAAACUGUACAGUUUGUGAUGUAUAUGAAGAAAACUGUACAAUAUACAAAAACGCUGUUUGUGCGCUGAAAAAAGAUGACAGUGGUGCUCAAUCAGGCUCAAUGGUGUUGGUGUGGACUUUAAUGUUUGGCUUUAUCGUUAUCAUUUUACUCAAUAUAACUUUUAUAAGUUACUACUACUACAAAAAGUAA